ACAUACACCACAUGACCAUGGCUACCGCCUCAGCUUCGCUAGUUGUCGCCCUACUGUUCGCCAGCCUCCUGGCAGGCACGGUGUUCGGUGAUGAUAUCAUACCCAUCAUCCGCAUACCCUUGUUGGAGCGGUUCCAUACCUGGCAGGCUGAAUACAAUCGCACCUAUGCGACCCCAGAGGAAUUCCAGUACCGCUUCAAGGUCUACUGCGAGAAUGUCAAGUUCAUCGAAACCAUGAACCGGCCCGGGAGCUCAUAUGAGCUCGGCGAGAACCAGUUCACCGACCUCACCCAAGAGGAGUUCGAGGACAUGUACCUCAUGAAGCUCGACGAGGUGGCUUCAGCCCCAGAGGUCAUGGGACAGCUCGGCACCAUGAACGCGGGGGGCAUGUCCGGCGGUGGCAACACCGACGAGGCCCCCAACUAUGUGGACUGGAGGACCAAGGGAGCAGUGACGCCGGUCAAGGACUAGU